GAGGGUUGCCGGGGCGCAGGAGCACGAACGUCGUCCUCCGGGUUGCCGUCCGGCAGGAGUUCAGUCGGUGCCGGUCGGUCCCGAGAGUCGUUCAUACCUUGCGGGACGCAAAAAUCUAAGAUGGCAAGAGACAUGUACAUUUGAUAGAAUGGUCCACUCGACAAGAGAAAGAGCCAAUUCGGUUUUAGCGUAACGCACGAUAAUGAGCGAGUGAAAACGGAAAAAAAGAGAGGAAGAGAGAGAGAAAGAGAAAGAGAGAGCGAGAGCGAGAGAAAGAGAGAGAGAGGGGGGGAGGGAGAGAAAGAAAGCGAGGGUCGCGAUGAACGGAUAGAUAUCGGUGCAACAUCAUCAGUCGCGCAUCUUUCCGAGCGGGAGCGAGGGGUGCGAUACUACCCUCUUCUCGCGCGGCACGCAUAAUCGCCGGGGAGAAGAGUGGCGGUUCGAGAGUGGACUACUAGUCGUGCUGCGACGGAAGUUGGGCGCUCUCAACGGUAUGCCCGUGAGUCGCAACGCGAGAUAAAGGUGGGACCGAAGGAACGAGCGUCUUAUUCUGAAGGGAACAGCGGGAGACGGAAAUAUGGGAAAAGGAGACAAGAGAGGCGUUACACAGCGCAGCGACGGUGCCAGCACCAAUCUCGUGGGCAAGUUCACGCAGAGCGUGCGGAGGAUCGUCCAGGACGUGAAGGACGAGGGCACUUCCAGCGGACAAACGAAGGAGGAGGUGAUCGAGACGAACGAGAGGCUGAGAGUCGUGAGGAUACGUUUGGAUGGCAGCUACGACACCGCCAAGAGGGCCCUCGUCGAACUGAUGUGCAAGUACACCGACAGCAAGCAAGUGCGCAACGUGUUCCAGCGUUACAACCUCCUCAAAAACAUGAUUAAGGACGUAAUUAAGCUGGAGACGCAAUAUUGGACGCUGGUGGAUAUACCGAGGCAGGAGAAGCAGGAGACCGUGCCCGCUUUCGUGCUGCGUGCCUGUUCCAUCAUGGAGAAAACCCACAAAAGCGGUGAAGGCGUGAAGACUUCGGCGCGUCUCGCCGAGGAGGCCGAGACCAAGAGGGAGCGCAUCGAGAGACUUGAGAAUAUGACGACGGCGCAAAUCGAAGCUGAGAACACCCAGAUGACCAAUGAUCUGUACAGAUUGCUGAAGAAAUACACGGGUCUCAGGAACCUCAUCAAAGUAUUGAAAGAGGAGUACAACGGCUCGAAGUUGUACCCGAUGUUCCCGCGUUACACAAUACUGAAGGACAUGAUAAAGGAUAUAAUGCACAACCCGGACUAUAUGGAAGUCUGUCACGAGGUGGACCAAGCAUAGCGGCCCGACCCCCUCCACCGUUCGCCACGUAUGACCCUGUGAAUUCUACGAGGUCGCCGCGUGGUCGUCGGUGAAGGGGGUGAACCACAGAACGCUUCAGCUUCGACUGAUGAUUUCGUUUUUGGACAGAGCAUUUCCUGUGAUUUUACGUUCUAUCCUAGAUCUCCGCGAAUUCCCAUUUCCUUAUCCUCGACAAGUCGUUCGCCAAUAACAACAACGUCGUCUUUGUUCGUUCGAAUCUUGGAGCAAAUCUCGUACCAAUCGUACAAUUUCUCGAAGGUAAGUUUGACCCGCUACUCUGUGCGUAUUUUGUAAAGUUUCGGCAAGAGAUGGAAGAGAUGAUAAGGGGUUGAAUAACGCGCUGAAGUACGUCAUCGAACGUCGUGGAGUAGCAACGAGCGCCUCGACGUGCUGUAAGAACGCCGCAAUAUCAUGAAGAUGGAAUAGUCGCGGAGUCAAGGUAGGUCAUGAGGUCGUUCUCAUAUAUCGAGAAUGCUGCUACUUGCUGCUUAAUCGUCGCGAGAAAGAAACAAAUCGGCAGAAAAUAAGCUUUGUUCGUUGCCUAAAGAUCGAAAUAUUAUUUCACGGAGAAUAGAAAAAGAUUAUUACAUGGUUAGAUCAUUUUUAUACAAUUUAUGAUUAAAUUCACGAUAAAUAUUGAGGAGUAAGGAGAUGAUAUCGCGCGAAAAUUUUCGUAGUUCUGAGGCAAUUAAUGAAAAAUGGCGAAUAAAAUGUAAUAACGAUGUGACUGUAGAACUUUGUAUUAAAUUCAGUACCUAAAAAGUAUCCCAUUUGCCACUUUGUGAAAGAAGAGAGACUUCGAGUCCCUCCAAGUAAAGAAGUCCAAGUAGCAGGAUUCGCGAGAUUCUGCGUAGAGGCCAGGAGGUUGGUUUUAUAGUUUCUGAUUUUGGGGUCGGAAUAGUUGCUCGCACGUCACAAACAAAAGAGACUAGAUGCGCUACUAUCGCUAGUGAGUGUCGUAUGCAUGUGAUGUACCGUAAUUAAUUAGGAACAAUUCGCAAGAUCUACGGAGUGUUAAGUAAAUUCGUAUAAGCCCGUGAGCGUGUGUUUGUACAUAGGUGUAAUUGGUGUGCGUGAAAUUAGCGUGAAAUUGUGAGAGUGGUGUCAAUGUGGAGCACAUUAUUACCUGCUUCCUGCUGAGUAGGACUCUCGUAAUAAAGGACGUCGUCGGUCUCGCGCGACCGAAUAUUCGCUUUACCUACGAAGAGGACAAAGAUUAAACGCUCGAGCAACGCUCUGCGAGAAGAAGAUGUAUUUAUAACGAAAAAUAUUAAUUAAUUUAACACUUGAAACUAAGAUUUACAAUACGGUUAACUUUGAAUAUGAAGAUUUUAUUGGAAUAUUUGGAUAUAUUGUGUGUAUAUGAAUUAUAUAUUUAGUAUGUAAAAUUUGGAAUAUUUGAAAUCCUCGCUUUUUAUCUGCGAACAGAGACAGAGACUAGGCGGUUUGAAGCGUUCGAGAAAUACUAAAAAUAAAUACGCGCUACGAAUAAGAAAUAACGAUUAAUAAUUUAACACGUCAAGUAGGCGAAAUUUACAAGGUCAACUUUAAAUGUCGAAAUUUGUGUGGUUCAUUUGAGUCACAUAUUUGGUAUAUAAUUGAAAUACUACAAAUAUAAAUCCAUGUAUAUUUAAACAGCAUUUUACAAGACAUGAAAGCAUGUCUUAAAGUUGAUGUAAUGAUUCCAAAAUGUACGAAUUGAAACAUAGAUCCAGAUUUUAAGUGGAGCUAGCACGCACAACGCACAUACACACGAUCUGAAUUUACCUUGUUUCAAUAACCUGAAUGUUUGGAGGUAAAUCGUAUAGAUUCAUAGAUAAAA